UUCGAAAAUACAACACUCGAUUGUAUUUUCGGAAAAUGAAACGCGAAGUUAUAUAAUGAGAAACAAAAAUACAUUGCAGUACAAUAUUUGAAAACCUGUUAUUGAACGGCCUUUGAAAACAAUGUACGGAUUCUUCGAAUGUUCUGACUGCAAUUUGGAAUGGGAAAGUUCAAAGGUGUACUUCAAAGACCGACUCAGAAAUGUGUAUUACGGACAGGAGUGUAAGGAGUGUGGCACCAUGUGCCAGCCAUACCGUGUUGAGGAGACGACGUGCUCUCGAUGCGGGCAGGUGGCCAGAACAUGCGGGUGCGACAAGACCCGCCACACGGAUCCAAGAAAGCCGCACAGGAGAGACCUCUGUGAGAAAUGCAAGUCCGGUAGCCCUUGCCAGUAGCCUCCCAUUGAAUUGAGCUGUGAGGCUCGUUGACCCUUGCUACGGACAUACCAUUGGAAUCUAGUCUUAUAUAGCAUACACACUAUUUAACAAUUGAUUAUUUAGCAAAUUAUUUCAGACAGAAUAUGAUUGGUUUAAAUAAUAAUAAUUAUAAUAAAAUAUUAAUUAUA